AUGUUCGCAAAUGAUGUGGUCCCUACUUUCACAACGGGAUCUGGAUUUAUCGAUAAUUUUAUAAUUGUUGAUUGGUCAGCAUUGUCAGGAAAUAUUAUCUUUCCACCGGAUUUCUUCCUCGCGUAUCCCAUUGCGGUGAGCAACGUGGCCAAAGCGGGGAAGCGGAUUGCAAAUUUUAUAGCGUGGCUGUAUUAUCUUGGAAGCAUAAAUUUGGACAGGACUCAUCUCAUUGGAGUAUCCCUUGGGGCACAUCUUGUCGGAAGGGUUGGGGCAGAAGUUCAGUUGUUAAUGGGAGGGAGACAGCUGGCUAGGCUGACAGGACUCGACCCUGCAGGACCGCUGUAUUAUCCGUCCCACCCAGAUUGGAACCUGGACAAGAGUGAUGCCUAUUUUGUCGAUAUCUACCAUUCAAAUGCAGGCUUAUACGGAGAGAAAACGCUAGGUGGACAUGUCGAUUUUAUCAUAAAUAAUGGACAUUCUCAACCAGGCUGUAAUUUGAUCAGCAACCUUCUCUUCUGCAGCCACGGCUUUGCAGUAUACCUGUUCCUCGACUCCUUCAAGAGGGCGUAUGUUGCUUGCCAAUGCUCAAGCAGGGAACUGGAUCCCGGGAAUUUUAAAUUGUGUCGGGAACAAUGCCCGAAUCCGGUCCUGGCAGGGAUUUAUACGCCACAUACGGCCCGUGGAGAGUAUCAUAUAACUGCGGGGAAACUAAACACCUAAUUAAAUAUUGUAGGAUGAUAAUGCCAUGCCAUUAAGAUUAUUAUGGGAAAGUUUAUAGGAAAGAUAUUCCUAAUUGGUUAGUGAUAAAAUUUAAGUGCAGGGUGUGACUUGGGAUAGAGUAUUCGUGAAAAGUACUGUGCAUGGGUGCUGAAAAAAUUGGCAUACAAUGGGAAUAUGAAUAGAAUAUUUUGGUAAAAUGUAGUUGUGCUACGUAAUAAUAUGCUUUAGUAGAGAAACUAUCAAUUUCAGUCCAUUGUGAUGGUCCAUUUCGUAUUACAUUUUUUUUAUUCCCGUCUGCUAUAAGUGAUUUUUGGCUUCAUAUUCCUUAUUUUUGGAAAAAUUAACAUCUUAGAUAAAUUGUUUAGUCAGUAAUUGGCCAAAGAAUUUAAGUAAUUAAUAAUAAAACAAUAAAACAUGUCGAAGUAAAUAAAUAAAUAAUUAU